AUGUCUCAAUCAUCGACUGGCGCCCCCCAGGCCAACUCUGUCAAGGUCAGCUACACUCACGCCUCAAAGGACUGUGCCCUUGUCGACAAUGACCCGAGUAAACCGAUUAUCAUCAAUGGCAUUUCAGCCGAGGGCGAACAACUUUGCUCUGCGCGAUUUAUCGUAAGGAGAUCAUCAAACUUUGACUCCUUCAUUGGCAUUCAGCUCGGUUUCCUCCUGAGCACAGAUCUCAACGAGCAAAGCGGCUUUGGCAUUUGUCAACAUGUCGACAUGAAACAAAGGAGCGGUGCGGUUGUGCCGACCAAUAGGCAUGUUAUCGUUAUCAAGUUCCCUCGCGGUCACUUCACCUAUACUGUCCAGCCUUCGUUGCCUGAGGUUCUGGCUUACUUCCCAGGCUCGACAGCUUCAAAGCUCUGCCAAGUAUCCGUUCAGUUCACAGACAACGCCCAGGCUACAAUCCAUGGUUACGGCGUGCCUUUCACCAACGUUUCGAACACUACGGUUGAGGGUUGGAUCAAUCGGCACGAGUCUUUCAUCAAUGGCAUGACCUUGCCGGAAUUCUUGCACCAGACCAGGUUUUCCUUUACCGUCGCUGCUGCCGUCAAUAAUGUCCAGGCCAUGAUGGACAUCGACAAGCUGCCACCGCCGUUUGAAUACCCUUAUGGCACAGACCACGAGUGGCACCGAGAACGCUACGAAGAACAGUCCCGCAAUCUUAAAGGAGAAAAAGCGUAUAUCUCAAGUCGGUUCGCCACAGAGAAUCAGCAUUCUGGCAGAUCAUCCGACAGCCUUGCACGAGGUGGUCCUGAAGACGCGCCGACCCAACAGCAAAAGGUGGUCGGACUAAAGGCUUUCGAACCAAUGGCCGAGUCUACGAAUCCGGUAGUCUCUGGGAGCAAAGAGGAGACGGCGGACAAGAUGAGCCUGCACCGAGCAGUGAUGCGCGGCACUGGCUUCUGGGACUGGAUGAGAGGUAUUGAUCCCGCCACCAACAUUACCUCAGGCCUGGCAGCCACGCCCCCGAAGCGACAACCAUUGCCAAAACUACGCGAGCUUCCUGUCGUCGACUUUGUAGACAUCGAUGACGUCGAUUAUGUGAAUGCGUUGCUUCACGAGGCCCUUCCCACAGACCGAGUUCGCUUCAAGGGCUACCUGAGCCAUCGCCCUCUCGGACUUGGUAUGAUGACUGGUGGACCUGGCUUUGGCAAGACUACAGCCAUCGCCACUGCAACACUGUGCAUGCAGGCCAAACUAAACCGAAUCUUCUGUUCUGCACCAACCAACGUGGCUGUCGACAAUUUCGCCGACCGCCUGGAUCAGACAACAAGCAGUGUUUGCAAGCGGUACAAUGCCGGCAAGCAACAAGAAGACCCAACUCGUAUGCGACACAGGCUAGUUGUCCGUGCAUUCAGGAUGCAAGACGAGUUUGCCGCCGUCAUACACCUCCUUCGUUAUCCAAUCCCCGAGAGCGACAGUCCGCGAAUACCCAUCGCAAAGACCUCAAAAUGGCGAUUCCACCUCUCGAUCUCGUCUUGGCUGCUAGCUGUGCUCGGCUCGCGGGCGGUUGGCGUCAGGGACCUCACACCUGACGACAGCGAAGGGUUGUUCAGACUGCGAGCAAGGAUCGAAGAACGGUCACAGUACUCUACUCUUCUCGAAGUUGCCAAGGGUGAAAUAGGCUGGGACGAGUUCGUCCUGUCGGGCGCUUUGCCGAAGGACGCCGGACAUGCUCUUCUUAAGGCUGUCAUCGAAGCGGCCGACAUCGUUUGCGCAACCCCGUCCAUGGCUACGGAUGACGUUUGCAGGGAAUGGAGGACAAGUGUGGCACGUGGAAUCGCCAUCGAUGAAGCGGCAAGCAUGACCCGCGCCGAUCUCGCCUGUGUCUGGGGCAACUCUCUACUUCCUUGCUUCCUCGCCGGCGACGACAAACAGCUCCCUCCCGCCGUAAUGACAGGUGACGAACAGGACUCGGAGGGCAAUCUCAUACACAAAUUCAUUGCCGACGGCAAAUUAUCAGCACUCGAGUACCUUAUGGGAACCGGCCUGCCCGUCUACCGUCUCAAAACCCAGCUGCGCAUGGGAUGCGGCUUAUUUGACAUGGCCGCGAAGGAGAUUUACCCCGAGGUCCCCUUUGCUUACGAUACGUGCUGCGACGUCACUCUCGACAAGUUUGCUGUUGGCCGGGACCUCGAGUCGUAUGCUCGAGCAAAGUAUCCCAACCUUGUUCCUGCUCCGUCUGGCACCCUGCAACCUAUUUUUGUACAUUGCGAAGGGUCCUCGGUCUUUGUCGACAAGACUACUGGGUCAAUGUAUAGCAGGGAUCAGAUCAAGAUUGCCCUCGACUUUGCCGUUGACCUCCUCAAGGUCCGACCCGGCAUCACGUCUUCCAAUCUCGUGCUGCUUACACCCUACCGCAGCAAUGUCGCGCUCAUCGCCACCAUGCGCAAGUCGCGAGAAUAUGCGGCAUCGCUGGUCCAUAUGCCCCGAGCAACAACUAUUGACGGAUUCCAGGGCCAGGAGGGAGAUAUUGUUCUUGUGGUCAUGAGCACGAAUCGGCAGUCGGGGCCCGGCUUUGUUUGCGAGCCUGCACGUCUUAAUCUCCUCCUGACGCGCCAGAGGUCCGGCCUGGUCAUAUUUGGUAACCUGACAAUUGCCGUCCCUGCUGCCAUAGUGGCAGCAGGGCCCGGUGCUCCGUCGACCGACGACAACGGCAACGACGAGAAGGGCAAGGGCAAAAGCAAGGGCAAAAGCAAGGGCAAGGGCAAGGGUGAUCUCCCCAUACGGGUGUAUCACUCCGAUGGGAGUGUUGGCUUCACCAAGGCGACUGUGUUGCGUAAUGUUUUCAGAGCCCUGGCCGCGGCGGGGCGAUUUGUCGUAAUCAAGGCUACGAAGUUGGAGGAGGCAUAG